CUAAGGACAUGUAAAUCAUGCAAAAAAAAAUUCCCCGUGGCGGCGGUUGGUGGUGCAUCUCUUUCUUCUGUGGCCAUUAUCAUUACUGUGGUGGUUCUAAUCUUCAUCUUCAAAAGGAAAAAGCCAUCAAUCUCUAAAGGUAGUUAGAAAAUAUAUGAUCCAUUGUGAAAGUAUAUGAAAACUCGUGGAUCCUUCAAUUUUGAUUUUAUUUUUGCAGUUAAACGUUCAUCACUAGAAUUAAAAAAACAGAAGAUUUACAUAUUCAGAGGUCAAAGAUAUGACUAAUAACUUUCAAGUUGUUCUUGGCAAAGGAGGCUUCGGUGUUGUUUGUCAGGGUUUUCUAAAUAAUCAACAAGUAGCCGUCAAAGUUCUCUCUCAAUCAUCAACUCAAGGCUAUAAGGAAUUUAAAACAGAAGUACUUAAUUACACUAAACCCUUCCCUAAUUUUUCAGGAAAUCAUGACUUCAUGAAUCAUAUACCCUUUUAUAUUCUUGAUUUUUAGGUUGAACUACUUCUAAGAGUUCACCACGUAAAUUUAGUUAACCUCAUCGGAUAUUGUGAUGAAGGGAAUGACUUAGCUCUCAUCUACGAGUUCAUGGAAAAUGGGAACUUAAAGGAACAUCUCUCAGGAGAACGUGAUGGUUCUGUCUUAAACUGGCCGAGUAGACUGAAAAUAGCUAUUGAGUCUGCUCUAGGAAUUGAAUAUUUGCAAAUUGGAUGUAAGCCGCCAAUGGUUCAUAGAGAUGUGAAAAGUACCAAUAUAUUGUUAGGACAACAUUUUGAAGCCAAACUCGCCGAUUUUGGACUUUCGAGAUCUUUUCUCGUGGGAAGUAAAACUCAUGUAUCAACAACAAAUGUUGCUGGAACUAUUGGAUAUCUUGAUCCCGAGUAAGUUCUAGUUCUUAUUGUAAUUUAAAUGAUGUUUUAUUUUUUUGCCUGUUAUCUAACAUCUUUGAGUAUAUUUUGCAGAUACUAUCAAAAGCAUUGGUUAACGGAGAAGAGUGAUGUUUACAGCUUUGGAAUCGUGUUACUGGAGAUUAUCACUGGCCAACCAGUGAUUGACCAAUCACGUGAAAAUUCUUACAUAGUAGAAUGGGCAAAGUCUAUGCUCGCAAAUGGUGAUAUUGAAAGUAUUACGGAUCCGAAACUCCACCGAGAGUAUGACACAGGUUCAUCUUGGAAAGCUCUUGAAUUAGCAAUGGCAUGCAUUAACCCUUCUUCCGCACAGAGACCAAACAUGACACGGGUUGCUCAUGAGCUAAAUGAGUGUUUGGAAGUAUAUGAGAACCUAAGUAAAAGAAGGAGCCAAGAUGCAAAUUCAUCCAAGUCCACGGGACAUAGCAUAAGCUUCGUCAGUGACACUCCUUCAGCUCGUUAAUCUUUUCAUCUUGAUGUUUUUUUCUCUCCACAGGUUGCAUUUAAGUGUGUAAUGUGAAUAUGUUAAAAAAGCUUCAUAUUGUGCUAUCGAAUCCACUGAUUGAAUC